AGAUGAUCUGCAUUUAGCAGUGAGAAGUGUGGUGAUGAGUGAGAUAUUUUAUACGGAAAAAGACGCAGGUCCCAAUAAUGCAACACCGGACACAACUCCACCGUCACGUUCUCGUCUCUAUUCCCAAACUACCGUUCACGUGUCAGCCAUGAAUUUCGCAUUGCUUGUUUCCUUGCCGUGACACAAAUAGCGAGAGCACCACCGCUCAAUCUCACAUUCACCGCUACCGCAACACUCCACUUCCAACUCCUCAUUUUCGUCUUCAUCAUAAUAGCACAAUCCAAUCGAUCACGUCUUUCACUUCUCCACCCACGAUGCCCCUCCAGCCAUUACUCUGCGGUUCAAAAGUCGCAUCUCAAUCCACACUUUUCGCUUCGGCGUUUUCCGCCAGAAACAACGCCGGCCGCUGUUCGUUCACCGGAAAUUCGUCAGUCCGUGGCGUGAGGCCGGUGAGGUUUAUGAAGCAAGCAUCGGGAAGCAUAACGAGCGAUGAACAUGGAGUUUUUAGCGAGGUUAGACAAUGGAUCGUUCCAAACACAGGACACCUAAUGCUUAUGGCGGUCGUGCUCAAGAAGGGGUUCUUGAGGAAGAAUCCUCCAAAGUGAUAGAGAGCAGACCAUCAUGGAAAACUUUCCCAGGCAAGGCAUUUCCAUUGGGUGUAUCAGAAGUUGACAGUGGCAUCAAUUUUUCUAUUUUUUCUCGACAUGCAACUGCUGUCACUCUUUGUUUGGUCCUUCCUGAGAGGGGAAGUAUAGACACAUUGAGUGGUGGCAUGAUAGAAAUGGUAUUGGAUCCUGGUUUGAACAGAACUGGGGACAUUUGGCACAUUUAUAUUGAGGAUCUUCCUCGAAGCAAUGUUCUAUACGGAUAUCGCAUAGAUGGACCUCAAGACUGGGGUGAGGGGCAUCGAUUUGACAGCAGUGUUGUGCUUGUUGAUCCUUAUGCAAAACUAGUUGAAGGCCGAAGGUAUUUUGGGGAUAUUAGCAUGAAGUUGUCUAAGUUUCUUGGCACAUAUGAUUUUGACAGCUUGCCUUUUGAUUGGGGAGAAAAUUACAAGCCUCCAAAUAUUUCUGAGAAGGAUCUUGUUAUAUAUGAGAUGAAUGUCCGUGCAUUUACAAAUGAUGAAUCUAGUGGUUUGGAUAGCAGCAUUCGUGGUAGCUAUCUCGGUGUGAUUGAAAAGAUUCCACACCUUCUAGAGCUUGGUAUCAAUGCAGUAGAAUUGCUGCCCGUCUUUGAGUUUGAUGAGUUCGAAUUCCAGAGGCGUCCAAAUCCCAGAGAUCACAUGAUUAAUACGUGGGGUUAUUCUACAAUAAAUUUCUUUUCUCCUAUGAGUCGCUAUGGUAGUGCUGGUGGAGGAUCAGUUAAUGCUUCUCGAGAGUUCAAAGAAAUGGUUAAAGCCUUACAUUCUUCUGGUAUAGAGGUUAUUUUGGAUGUGGUCUACAAUCAUACUAAUGAGGCUGAUGAUGCCAAUCCUUACACUACCUCAUUUCGUGGCAUAGAUAAUAAGGUUUAUUACAUGCUGGACAAUAAUGGGCGAUUGCUGAACUUCUCUGGCUGUGGAAAUACAUUAAAUUGUAACCAUGCUGUAGUUAUGGAGCUAAUUCUUGACAGCCUAAGACACUGGGUCACCGAAUAUCACGUGGAUGGAUUUCGAUUUGAUCUUGCAAGUGUCCUUUGUCGAGGAAUUGAUGGCUCCCCCCUUAAUGCCCCCCCGAUUAUUAGGGCAAUUGCUAAAGAUGCAGUCUUAUCAAGAUGUAAAAUUAUUGCAGAGCCUUGGGAUUGUGGAGGUCUUUAUCUUGUUGGGAGUUUUCCAAAUUGGGAUCGGUGGGCUGAAUGGAAUGGGAAAUAUCGUGAUGAUGUACGGAAAUUUAUUAAGGGUGAUUAUGGUGUAAAGGGGAGCUUUGCUACUCGUGUUGCUGGGUCUUCUGAUCUUUAUAGAGUGAACAGGCGAAGGCCAUAUCAUAGUAUUAACUUUGUUAUUGCACACGAUGGAUUCACCUUGCGUGACCUUGUUUCAUACAAUUUGAAGCACAAUGAAGCCAAUGGGGAAGGUGGAAAUGAUGGUAGCAAUGAUAACUUUAGUUGGAAUUGUGGUUUCGAAGGGGAAACUGACGAUGCUAGUAUAAGAGCUCUGCGAUCACGGCAAAUGAAAAACUUUCACUUGGCACUAAUGAUAUCUCAGGGUACACCAAUGAUGCUUAUGGGAGAUGAAUAUGGUCAUACUCGCAAUGGAAAUAACAAUAGUUAUGGGCAUGAUACUGCCAUAAAUAAUUUUUUGUGGGAUCAGUUGGAUGCCCGGAAGAGUGAUCACUUCAGGUUUUUCUCGAAGGUGAUAAAGUACAGGCAUGCACAUGAAGUAUUCAGCCAUGAAAGUUUUCUCAGCAAGAAUGACAUAACAUGGCAUGAAGACAAUUGGGAUAAUCAUGACAGCAAAUUUCUAGCAUUCACGCUUCAUGCCAGGAGCGGGGCAGAUAUCUAUUUGGCAUUUAAUGCUCAUGAUUACUUUAUCAAAGCUCUGCUGCCCACACCUCCACAAACGAGGAAGUGGGUCCGUGUGGUGGACACUAAUCUGAAAUCACCGGACGACUUUGUUCUUGAUGGUGUCCACAGCAUAGAAAACACGUAUAAUAUAGCUCCAUACUCCUCCAUUCUUCUUGAGGCCAAGUUUGACUUUGUAUUAAAAGGAUAAGGGAAAAGCGGAUCAGCUGCAGUUUAAGGGGAACAGAGGCGUAUGAGGAAAAUUUCACAUCUUAUCAUUUCCGGAACGGCACAAGGCAUGGAGUUAGGUAUAUUGUUUAUAUUGUAAAUUUCGUUUGAAUGGAAUAAAUGCCCUUUCUUUAUAGAGUUGGAAUAAAUGUCAGUAAUUGAUAUUUGAAUCGUGUAACGUAAUAACUCUUUUAAUUGUUUAUUAUUUUUAUGAAAAAGAAAUAUCAUAAGUCUCAAAUUUCCAUCUUAA